AUGCUAGAAAAGGAAAUUUCUGAGAAGUAUCCGCUUCACUAUCAUGUUUGGCGCAAUGAUUAUAUAACUCUUGAGGAAGAGUUACUUCAGAAAAAGUACGAUAUUGAAGCCCUUGAUCCACAUGGACGAACACCAUUAAUGCUGGCUGUUACUUUGGACCACCUCGAAUCGACGAGAGUGCUUUUACGCCACAAUGCAAAUGCCUGUUUUAAGAGAAAGGAUUAUUGGUCAGUCACCCAGGAGGCUAUUAGUACAGGAGAUCCGGAGUUGUUGAAGAUUGUUCUCACUCAUCGCGACUCCCACAUGCUUCAAGAUCAGGCGAAAAUCAUCACUCAGUUGUUGGAGAAACUCAAGAAUACUCCCGACUUCUACGUGGAAAUUAAAUGGGAAUUCACCAGUUGGUGUAAGUCAUAUUCUCCACCAUUUUCCCACUAG